UGCCCCCACUGCCCCCCCGGCUCCCGCGCCUAUGCACAUUUUUCUUACUAAAUGCAAAUUAUCUAUCGAAUGAUGUCUAUAUUAUACGAUUUAACUAAUACCUGAACAGAAAUUUCUGCGUCUGUGACCCGGAGAGUAUAUCGGUUAAUACCUGCUCACAGCGCAAUCAAGUACCAAAUAAGUGAUAGUGAACGCUGAGUCACCAUCUCGAAGAAAAGUCCAUUUGCAGUAGGGGAGUCGAGAUCCCGUAAAGUAGAUAGGCGCGUCAUUUCAUCUGAUUUAGGACGUCCUUUUUGGAUUAGAAGCAGAGCACCAUGGCCACGAGACGGCGGACGUCGCAGCGGCGUCGGGCGUCGACGAGCGUCAUUGACCUCACAUGUGACCUGGACUCUGACUCGGAUGGAGAGGUGCUCAUCGUGGGCGAGGCAGCGCCGCCGAUCGUGGCGCCAUUGCAGCGGCCAGAGAUGGACAUUGUUGGCAUGGUGAUGGACCCGGUGCCGCGGGAGCGUCCCCCGACACCGCCGCCAGCGCUGGCGCCAUCACCGCCGCCCGUGCCGGUGGCCGCCACCGACUACCCGCGCAACAACACCGAGACGUGGCUGGAAACGGAGCUCUCCGACCUCACCAUCGACAUCCGUGUCAUGCAGAGCCACGUGCGGGAGGUGAACGCGCGCGCGCCGCGGCCCAACGUGGAGCGCCGCCUGCGCGAGCUGCGCGAGACGCACGGCAUGCUGUCGGCGGUGGUGGCGCAGCUGGCGGCCGGCCGCCGGCUGCGGUUCGAGGGCCUGGCGCGGCCGCUCAGCGCCGAACUGGACGAGCUGGAGCGGCUGCUGGCGCAGCGGCGCGCCGCGGCGGCCGACGCCAUCGGCACCGCUUGGCAGCAGCGCGACACGGCCGGCCCUGUGCGCACGCGGCGCUCCGUGUACCUGGACGACUCGCCGCCGCCGCCGCCGCCUGCGCGGCCGCCGCCCCGGCCGCUGCCGCCGACUCUGGCCGAGAUGGUGCCCGACUCCCCCCCGCGCAGCGAGCCGGCGGCCAGCAGUCGGUCGUCCUCGCCGGCCGGAGCGUCCGGCGGCCUGCAGUGCCCUGUCUGCUGGGAGUCGGUGGUCGCUCUGAAGGAGCAGCAGUGCGGAUUUCUGGUGACCCGGUGCGGACACUGGUUCUGCGAGCCGUGCCUCAGGAGCGCCGUCCGCGUGCGCCGCGAGUGUCCCAUCUGCCGCGCCAAGCUGGGCAGCCGGCCGCCGUACCGGCCGCUCUACCUAUGAACGCCGGCCUCGCUGGGCUGACUACGACUAGUCAGUGGAUGGCCACACCGUUCAGUGGACACAGUGUGCGCAGACGGCGGCGCGCCCGAGCGGGGCUCGCGACACCCUUCGCGCCAUCCUGUCAUAUUCAAAGAAGUCAUGGAAACGGAUUCACACGCGCUGGGUGUUUUUCUAUCGCCCGAGUACUGAUCGCACAUCAGUGGCGCCCGCUGCCGGGUGCGCCGUGGCCAUGAUUCGCAGUUCACUCAUGCUUUACUAAUACCGCUCCGAAUUUUCCAGCAACCUGCGGAUGCUGCGCAGCCGUGUAUGAUCAUAGUGUAUGAGCGGGGCUGCUUAGUGUAUUGUCAUAUCCUAGAACAUGAUGAAGUGUCUUUCCGUUGUAUUAGUUUCACAGUCAUGAAUUACACCAUAGUCGUUGCACUGAUUUUGGGGCGUACUUCAAUUAGUGUCCUGUAUAAAAUUUGUAUUAAAUCGUUUGCUCCUCUAGAUCUGUUUGGCGAUGCCUCUUUAUUGUGCUAUUGCUAGAUUUCUUCCGAGCGUUUGCAUUUCUUUUGGUGAAGAACAUGUAGUUUAAUAGUUUUGCGUUAUUAAAUAUGACAAUAUCGACUCAUCUAAUUAUUUUGCCCUUUAUCGCUGUACAUUGCGUUAGUAGUGCCGCUUUAUUCAUUAUGAUUCUUUUGAAAAGGGUAUGUCCUGUAUAUUGUUGCAAAUUGUACGUUGAGCAGGUUUGUGGACAUUCCUGUGAAAGCUAAUACAAUUCAAAGUUUACGUUUUA